CCAACCAGUCCCGCGUCCAUCAAUAGGUGUCUUCCACCCCUCCAGAUGUCUCAAAUGUCGCCUCAGGAGCAGUCUUUCCCGGCAGCCAACGAAUCUACUCCUCGUCCUGCCAGAUCGAAGAACGGAUGCAACGCUUGCCGGCGGCGAAAAGUUCGUUGCAAUGAGCGCCGUCCGCGGUGUGCACAUUGUGAGAGACUUAACCUAGAUUGCACGUGGAACCGGGCUCCUACGUCGCGAAAUUCCCAUGCAAGCCAGAUAGGCCCACAAACUCUGCCGACUGCGCAAACCCCAAGUACUACCCAUCCGAGUGCUACCGCAUUUGAUGGGUUUGGCUUGAAUGGGAGUUCCUUCUUCGACCUCUCGGGCCCACUGGGAAUUGGAACUUGGGAUGAAGCCAUGCUGCUGAGUCCUAGUUCGUGGCCUUCUGACCACUCAAACUCUAAUCCGAGCACGAAUUUCAACCUCGGACCCCAGCCUAUUCAGCAGCAACCUCCACUACCACAAUUUCCUGACCAACAGGAUAUGGCACAACAAUCAGUGAGCACAAUUCCUGAUCGUGGUGCCUAUCACCCUGAUCCUGCUUCCACAUCGCCUUUUGCAUCGGAAGGGAGAGGAAAUGUGACUUCCAAUGAUGAGGAUCUGCUCAUCACCGCAUUUCUACAAAUGCUAAUGCCGCCUAUCCUCACCCCCGUCGAAAUUGGCCCAAAAUGGGCGUCGACGCGAGCGUUCUUCGCUACUAUGGCCUCUGAAUCACCUGUAGUUCGGAGUGCUAUUAUGGCUUUUGCAGCAAUGCAGAUGCAGCGCAGUGGGUUGGGUUCAGAUGGGGGUGCUAGAGUGACAGAUUGGAGACCGUUGUAUGACAACGCAGCAAGACAGUUGUCUAGUGCGUUAGGGAGGAGAAAGGAUGGGGCGGAGAAAGGCAAGGAUGAGCUAAAGUAUGUGCUCGCUGCUUUGUUCCUUCUCACCUAUACAGACCUCCUUACCGAGACACUUCCAAGGGCACAUGGGAAUCUGAGAGAAGCAUACAAUCUAAUCCAAAAUUCCGAAAAGGGGUCUUUUACUGUCCCAGAGAAACGAUUGAUAUCUUGGCUCCGUCUUCUCGACGCUCGUGCUGUCUCAACUGCAGGUGGAGAGGGUCUCUUCCUCUCCGAUACAGACGAUACAAUUUUCGACGCCUCGCCUGCCGCCAACUCUGCCUCGGAGCCUGAAACCCUCGAUAGUGAAAUUGAGGAGAUUCUAUUCGAUGUCCUAUAUCAUCCAGGUAUCGUUUUCUACCAGAAGGUGCAGUCAUUUGUGGGCCGAAUCACGAAGAUCGAUCCCUGGCACCGAAGUCGUGGUACAGUGCAAGAUGAAACAGAAGUCAUGGCCGUUGGCGCUGAGAUAGCAAAGGAUCUGCACGCUCUGUAUGGACAAAGGCCUGCACUCAUGGAUCAUGCGGUCGCGGGCAACCUCACGGAAAAGCAUCUAGCCAGGAAUCUGGCUACGGCUUUAACUAGAAGCUUCCGUACCUACUUAGCCAACUAUUACGCGUCGUUUCUGCACCUCCAUCGCGUGGCAUAUAAGCAGUUUCCAAAAACCAAAGACGUUAACUCCGCGAUCACAAAUAUCAGGAAGCUAUCUCACCUCAUGGCCGAAACUGACGAGUCCCUACCAGUGAAUCUCCUCUGGCCACUUUUGAUGUGGGGGUGCGAAGAGGAAAAUUCAGAUGAGCGAAAAUGGAUUUUAGGAAGUAUCCGUGGAUUGGAGAGCAUUGCAACCAACGCGAAGCCCACAGCUGAUCUCCUUGAGGAAGUACAGCGUCGGCAAGAUGAAGGCAGAUGUAGGGUCGACGUUCGGACUGUGAGCCAGGAGUACUUUGCAAGCCAUCAUUUUGCCAUAGUAUAA